UGGAGCAUCGGGUGUUGCUCUCAUCCUGGAUGUCACCGCUAGUGGGCCGCUGCAGAAGCACCGCUACCCGGUCCGGCCUCGCCUCAGGCCCGCGGAGAGGAUGAGGUGGCCCGCCAGCUCCGUGGCCGCAGACUCUCCUUCCACCUGACUGACUAGCAUGGUCGGGCUAUGGCGGAACCGAGCGAGCAUUGGGACGACGGAGGACUGAAUGUGGGCCAGGAAGACUCGCCGCCCCAGAGAGGCCGUUUGUCCGCCGAGGCGGGAGAGGCAGCGAGCCGGGAUGGCGAGGACGUCCGCCGGCGCCGCGGAGACCUCUCACCGGGAGGACCCGUCCGCCGAAGGAGCGUCGAGGACGCGGGGCUGGAGCCUCCAGACAGCGCGGAGACGGACAGCAGGGCUCCGGAGAUCACGGAGGACAAGCUGCUGGAGACAGACGAAAUCUGGAAUGCUCUUACCGGUAGCUUCAACCACAACGCGCCUCUGGAAUGGGAACAGAAUUGCUCCGUCUGCAUCUCCACAUUCAACUUGGAGGAGAACCCGAGAAAAGCGGCCUUUUUGGCGGAGCUGUCCGGUGAGGAGGAGCUGCAGGAGCAGCUGGACACGCGCUCCAUCAUCGCCCCGUGCCUUUCAGAGGAGCCGCUCAUGACGGCGGAGCAGGUGAUCGAGGAGAUUGAGGAGAUGAUGCAGGACUUGUCCGAGCACAAUCCCUCACAGUCAGAUUUCUCCACACUCCCCCUGGAGGUCCAGAGGUGCAGCCCUGGCUUUGAGGAGCGCUUGAGGGCAUCGAGCGUGUCAGAGCUGAUGUGGUGUCUGGAGGAGACGAAGAGGAACACCCAGAGGUUUUCAGAGGAGCUGGUGCAGCAGCUGGCCAUGAGGGAUGAGCUAGGCUUUGAGAAGGAGGUGAAAAACUGUUUCAUCUCGGCACUCAUUGACGUGCAGAACCGACAGAAGGAGCACCGGGAAGCCCUGAGGAGGAAAAAGAAGCUUAAAGGAGGGACGGCGCAGGGCCCUUCAGAGAGAACUUCGCGCUUCAGCAUGGAGGGACUCUCCUCUGUCAUUCAGAACAGCUUCAAGCAAACCUUUGGGAGUGGUUGCAGUGAAAGACAGUAUUUGACCACAGUCAUCCCCUAUGAGGGGAAAGGUCACCCUCCGUCUGUCGAAGACCUUCAGGUCCUGACGAAGAUUCUGCAAGCUAUGAGAGACGACAGCGACAAAGUGCCCAGCCUGCUGACAAAUUAUAUUCUCAAUGCUGUGGUCUGAGCUAGUGGAGAGGAGAUGGAGAGUGCUUUGCCCGACAUGAACCAGCUGGACUGACUCCUGAUUGUUUACCAGAUGAAGAAGACUCAUUGCAAGCACACUUAAUUUAUUCUGGUUUGAGCUGGUUUGUGUGUGUCAUUUUGUUAUUACAUGUACAUGUUGACCUUGUUUUUCUGGCGUUGAAUUUGAUUUUCUUGUACUGUGAAAUGUCCUGAUCGGAGAAAGACUUCAAAGCCAGAGUGGAACCUCUAUGGAGACGUGCUCGAAAACUCACAUUCCAGGAAGGCAAUCUUUUAUUUUGAAAGGCAGAACUUGAAACAGUUGAGACUCGUAAAGAUUAGUAAAAAAUUAAAAACACAAACAGAUGCAGACUUUUAUAAAUGUCACAUGUGCAGAACUUUUGCAGGGAAAAGCAGGAAUUCUUUCAAAGCUGCAAACCACAAUCUGUAUUCAUCUUAGCAUCAGCCUCACAUGUUCUUUGUAUUUAUGAAAGAUAUUGUAAUGGGGGCGGAGACUGUUAACUAACUAUGCAUCUGUAUGUGUUAAAUGAGUGCAGCUGUGAUGCAGAGCCUGUGUCACUCAUGUGCCUGCAGGUCACUCAGCAGCAAACACUUCAACUACCGGAAGAUAUUUUGACUCAGUUACUUGAUACAAGCUGCCUUUGUCUGAAAAGUUGCAUUUGUAAAUUAUAAGAGAACUUAUUUUUCAUUUAGUAGAAAUGUUUUCUGUGCAACUUUAAAAAAAUAAAGUGGAGUUUAUUUUGUAUGUAUUUGAGCUGAAGAAUAAAAGGAUUCUGUCUCAGGA